GACCUUCCGUACCGCAUGGCAGCCCCCCAAGGAGUCCCUCAAGACAAUGCUGUCCGUACAACAUGGCCGCCUACAGGGCGCGCAGCGCAGCCCCACCCACCGAGCCACCGGAAGUUUCCGUUUGAAAUCCAGGCUGCUGAUCGGCUUGAAGGUGUGGCGGUUGCCGCGGAGCACAUUUUGAAUCCUAACAACGAGAGUUGUGAGCCGGAGCAGCAGGCACCUGGGGCCCAGCCUUGUCACCUCCUUACGAUGACCAGCGGGGUUAAGACAGCGUACACACUGCAACCCCCCUCAGGGCUGAGCGGCGGCCCGCCCGCAGACACACAAAUUCGAGCCGCUUCUAAGAGCUUAUUACCUGUUAAAUCUAAAGAAGUCGAUGUUUCCAGAGUUCUUCAUCCAGGAGUUUCAGAGAAUGAUAUUAUGAAAAUCGUCAAACCAAGACGAGAUGGGCAGGUCAAAGCUGCUGAUACUGUCAUCAAGAGGAACAUCAAAAAGAGCUACAAACCAUUGAGUAAGCAGAAAUCAGAGGAAGAACUCAAGGAUAAGAACCAGCUCUUAGAGGCCGUCAACAAGCAGUUGCACCAGAAGUUGACUGAAACUCAGGGAGAACUGAAGGACCUAACCCAAAAGGUGGAGCUGCUGGAGAAGUUUCAGGACAACUGUUUGGCAAUUUUGGAGAGCAAGGGCCUCAAUCCAGACAGUGAAGCUCCGGCGUCACAGGAAGAAUGCAACACGGACCACGCAGACUCCAUGUUGCUGUUAGAAACUUUGCAAGGUGAAUUGAAGCUCUUUAAUGAAACAGCCAAAAAGCAGAUGGAGGACUUACAGAAAAAGGAAGGAAGAAUGCAAAGGAGAGAAACAUCAAUGUGUGGUUGCCUCUCACAUGCCCCCAAUUGGGGACCUGGCCCGCAACCCAGGCAUGUGCCCUGACUGGGAAUCGAAUCAGCAACCCUUUGGUUUGCAAGCCGACACUCAAUCCACUGAGCCACCCCAGCCAGAGCUAUUUUUUUUUAUUUUUAAUAAACUAUUUUGUAAUCUGGAUUUACAGAAUAAUUGCAAAGUAAAUACAGAGAAUUCAAUUCCCAUAAUAUUAGCAUCUUACAUUAUCGUGGCACAUUGUCAAAACUAGGACACACCAACGUUGAAGUAUUACUGUUAACUAAAUUUCAAGACUUCAUUUGAUUCCACCAUUUUUUUUCAACUGAUUUUCUUUUUCUGUUCUGAAGACUCUUUAGAAUUGUUCGUAUCUGCAGGGCACGAGAGGAUGUGCACCAUGCUGGGUUGCUCAGAGUUGGGACCUGUGUGAAACCGAGGCCGGGGAGACGUGACACCUCAGGGAGACCAGUCACAGGAGACCCAGCUUCCAGGGGCUGCUCUGGGUGGCUGGGCGGAGUCAUGGGGUGUGACCCCGAGCCCUAGGGGACUUUAUUGCUCCAACUUAGAUCAAGGAGUCUCUAGCAAAAGGGGGCAGUUCUAAAACCAGGACAGAUAAACCUAAUGUUAGUAUACCUGUGGUCUUCGAUGGAAUAGAAACAUAAUGUUCCAAAGUUUUGUUUUGUGUUUUCUCUUUUUGAAUGUCUU